CAAGAGUUGUUCGUAGGCUGGCAACAUUGCGUGCUUGACCAUCUUGACGAUCUUCGAAAAAGAAGCGACAGUAGGUGGUUUAGGCGAUUGAAGUAAUGUUUUUAUUUAGCUUAAUUCAGCGUUCUAAAAAGAUCUGUGUUGUUUGGAUAUCAGACCGAGUGUUUAGUUAUGUAUAAAGUUUUACAGUGUGGGAAAAAUGAUUUUAAACUGUUACGCACCUUCGCAAGAAAAAGAGGAAAAUUCUUCACCCUGUUUCGUAAUGUCAUUUGCCUAGUAUCAUGUGAAAAGGCAUAUCAGCGCUUGUUACCAGUUUUCCGGUCAAGAGGUGUGACAUUUAUUGCCGACACAUACGUCAGCAAAUAUUCAGAAGAGCUAUGGAAGCUGAAAUUACCAGUAUUAUUAUCAAGUGGUGUAGCCCUCCUUCUGGCAUUCUGCUCGGAGCGACCAAACGAUACACGUUUAUUCCGUGCAGCAAAAUAUGGAAAUGCAGAAGAAAUUAGAAGGUUGAGCGCUGAAGGUUUUGAUGUGAAUGUACGGCAUCCUCUUGGUUGGACGGCCUUGCAUGUGGCAGCAGUGAAUGGAAAUAUAGAGGCCGUGGAAGCUCUGUUGAAAGCAGGAGCUGAUCCAAACUUGGGUGAUGAUUUCAUAAGUGCUCACAGAACUGGAAUUGAAAUUGGUCUUCAUGCCAUUGAUGUUAUUAUGAGACGGGAGCAUGAGUUCACCGAUAUACUGAGCAAUCGUGCUUCAUUCCGUGGCUUCACAGCGCUACACUAUGCUGUAAUAAUUGAAGAUAUUGACAUUGUGAGGGCCCUACUUGAAGGAGGAGCAGACCCAACCAUCAAGAAUGAUUCAGGAUAUCUUCCUGUUGAUUUUUCCCAAAAACUUCCAGCGAUCAGAGACAUGCUAAUAAAAUCAUCCAUUGAGUUCACGGAAAUGCAGUCAAGGAAAGAAGCAGAGGAAAGACGUAGGUUUCCAUUGGAACAGCGGCUGAAACAGCAAAUUGUUGGACAGGAGGGUGCAAUUACAACUGUGGCAUCAACUAUCCGCAGGAAGGAAAAUGGUUGGAUUGAUGAUCAGCAUCCUCUGGUUUUCCUCUUCUUGGGAUCCUCUGGUAUCGGGAAAACUGAAUUAGCCAAGCAGCUUGCCAAAUACCUUCACAAGAAAAAGGACAGUGCGUUUAUACGCAUUGACAUGUCUGAGUACCAGGAAAAGCAUGAGGUUGCAAAGCUGAUUGGUGCUCCUCCUGGUUAUGUUGGACAUGAUGAUGGAGGCCAGUUGACCAAGAGACUUUCGAUGUUUCCAAAUGCUGUUGUUUUGUUUGAUGAAGUUGAUAAAGCACAUCCUGAUGUUUUGACUGUCCUUUUGCAGUUGUUUGAUGAGGGACGUCUCACAGAUGGGAAAGGAAAAACAAUUGAGUGCAAAGGUGCAAUCUUCAUAAUGACUUCGAACCUUGCUAGUGACGAGAUAGCACAGCAUGCCUUACAAUUACGGAAAGAAGCAAAACAGAUCAGAGAUAAGAGACUUGAAGGCAAAAUAGAUGAAGAUGAUACACCAGAAAAUAUCACCAUCUCUCGAAACUUCAAGGAGAAGAUAGUCCAGCCAGUCCUGAAACGUCAUUUCCGACGAGAUGAAUUUCUGGGUCGGAUCAAUGAGAUCGUUUACUUCCUACCAUUUUCUCAUUCAGAACUUCUUCAGCUAGUUGCUAAAGAACUGAAUUUCUGGGCACAGAAGGCUUUGGAAAAACACAAAAUAAAGUUGGUGUGGGAGCAUUCAGUGCUUGCAAUCCUUGCAGAUGGUUAUGAUGUUCAUUAUGGUGCACGCUCCAUAAAGUAUGAGGUGGAACGUCGAGUGGUUAAUCAGCUUGCUGCAGCCCAUGAACAAGGUAUAAUAGGAAAUGGCUGCAUUGUGAAAUUAGGAGAGUCACCUGCUUCAGAGUCAGGGAGUGGUUCCAUCAAGUUAUGGGUCAAAUUGAAAGAAGGUGCAGAAUUCAUUGAUAUUGAUGAGAAGAAAUAUCCAUUGCCAUAGUUUCAGUUUGUGUACAUCCAGAAUAAGGUAAAGCUUUGUCAGUAAUGUGUGUUCCAUACACAGAAGUUAAAAUGAUGUACCAUAGGAAGUAGCAGAAUUGUAAAAUAACGGAGUUCCCUGCUUCAAGGAUUGUAUUGGUGAUGUCAGAUAGAAGGUACAGAAUACACAUGUUUUUGCUGUUGAAUCAAAUCUCCAGUGCUGUAGUUCCAGUUAUGUACAUACAGAAUAAUGUUAAAAAUAAUACUGUCAUGUGUUAGUGACUUGAAUGCUUGUAACUCUUAACUACAAACAGCUAUAAUAGUCUUAUUGAAUUACACUCUGUAGAUCACCACAACUACAGCACAUACAAAGUCUUAUGUUUGUUACUCUGGUGUUGCUGGUUAUUGCUAGGUAAUGGCUGUUAAUGCAACUCCAGACUGCCUGCUGCCCACUGACCCUGACCUCCAACUGACUGCAAUUCUUGGCUUGUUCACUUGGCCCUUGUUAUACUCAUAUAACCUUGGUGCAGAUCACAUGGAAAACUCUCCUCUACUGCUAUGUCGCUAUCAGUUGCCGCAGAAAUGUGUUUACCAUACCGUUGCCCAGCAAAAGCCAAAUAUAUUUGCUCCACUCUUCUGGCUGUCAGCCUUUGUGUCACAUUAUUUAUGAUUUCAUGCACAGAAUUUAUGAAGUACUGUAGGAAAUGGCAGCAUUGUAAAGUUCCUUGCUUCAAGGAUUAGAUUUGUGCUGUCAGGUAUGAGGUGCAGAAUACAUAUUUUACUGUUGAAGAGGAACAAGUAUCAGAUCCCCAUUGCUAUUGUUUCAGUUGUGUACAGCAAGAAAAGGAUCUAACUUUCACUUAUAUAAUAUAAUUUAUGUUAUGGAUAAGUGUGUAAUCUCGUUUGAGAGUUCUUACUGACAGAAGGGUUUGCGACCUGGAUGUUAGGUUAAGAUGAGCUUUUGGUGUAAAGGCUUAAAUAGAAUUUUUAACAAGGCCUUAAAUAAGGGUAGAAUUGACAAGUGAAAAAACCCCAAGCCAACAAAACCAACAAAAAAAAUGGCACCAACUGUUAAACCCAGCUGUUAACUCUUUCAUAUGAAUAUAGUUUGGCUUUGAUUCUAUUUGUUUCUCGUGUGGUUUAUAAUUUCGUUAUUUUCUUGUUUUUCAGUCUUAUUUGUGGUUAAAUUUUUACUCCAUUAGUCUUUUGUGUGGUAUGUCAAAAAUAUGUCAUUCCUACUCUAUGUAGACAUCUUCCAUUUGACAAUAAAAGACUUCCUGAAGUGAUUUCUUUAA